AUGGCCAUGGGCUACACACACCUGGAGUUCAGCGUCGACCAGCACAAUGAAGAAAGCGUGUUUAGCCCGCUGGAUUUUCAACACCCUGCUACAGUGAAAUCAGCUCACGCUACAUCGCCAGAAUCUACUUCCACGCCACUUCGACUGACCAACCUCCACGACCAUGUAGACCUGAUCCAUGAUUUAGAUGAUUUAGUAAGCACAUCCCCACAGGUAGACAAAUACACAACUGCCAAGGAGAUAAUAUUGGAAAGCGUCAUCCAGACGUCAAUGGAAAAGGUUCAGAACCUCAUCUACAAGGAGCACCUCGAUUUGGUCCGCGGCGGGUUCCAGCCGCGCCUUCCGACUUCGCUGCCGCCCCCAGGGCAGCAGCAGCAGCCGUCGGCGCUACCACGCCGACAGCCCGUCCCGUUGAUGCCUCCCGCGCAGCUUCAUCCGGGAGCGCCCCCGGCGGUCGCUCCGGCGCCUGCGGUCCCUCUUCAGUCGCCACCGCCUUCGGAGCUGAUGGACGUCGACCCCUCAGCCGGGCCGCCUUCCCAAGCGGUGGCUGUGCAGCCUGUCCUGCAGCCGCUUUCCUUGGGCACCCCCAAGGAGUCUGAAACCGCAGCGCCUUGUCCGGCGCCCACUCAGCAGCCGUCGACGCAGCGUCAGGAGACGCUGCCUCUCUUCGUGGGUCCCGACGCCCCGUCGCGUCCAGUACCAGAAGCUGCGCCCGUGGUCACAGAUCUCCUCACCACACCCACACUCCAGGGCUGGCCGGCGCCUUCGCUACCCUCAGAGAUUCGACAACUACACCAUCCAGUGGCCCACCUUGAGCUGCAAGCCCAGCCAUCACCGCCGAUCCCAGACGACAUCGAGGAGUUAUCAGUCACACAUCUGCCUGUCGGCCCGCUGCCCCCGCCCACCGCACUGACGAGUAUUCCAUACACCAAGGAGGGAGGGUGGGCUAUGUGGCGAUGUUCACAGAAGUAG